AUGGACUCCCAGGCAGACUGGAAUUCUAAUGAAGAAUUCUUCAAAUUCACGCGUGGCCGCUUUGUUAUUGACGAAGCGGAGAAUCUUCGAAAGCGAGAGAUCAGGUUCGACUUGAACAAGCUCGCAUGUGUCGCUGCAGACUCGGUCGGCGCCACUAAGUGCAUUUCCAUCAAGAAGUACCCCGACGGCAUGUUCAACAAAACAUUCCUCAUGUCUAUGGAAAAUGGCCGAGAAGUCGUAGCUAAGGUGCCCAACCCGAAUGCUGGCAUUCCACACUUUACUACAGCUAGUGAAGUUGCCACGAUGGACUUUGCCAGAAAAAUUCUGGACACACCAGCACCUCGUGUCUACUCUUGGAACUCGCAAGCAAAGUCACACCCUGUUGGGGCUGAAUUUAUCAUUAUGGAUAAAAUUGAAGGUGUUCCGCUGUCUCAAGUCUGGAACAUGAUGAAAUUACCCCAGAAGCUCCAAGUGCUUCUUGCCAUGACACGUCUCCAGAAGCAAUGGCUGGGCGUUUCAUUCUCGCAUUACGGCAGCUUGUACUACGCGGGAGACGUGCAUCCACCACCAGAUAACCACUACAUCAAGGAUGGCAAAGCUGUCAAAGAUUCCGAGUUUGCUAUUGGCCCUGCUACAGGCCGGGAUUGUUUGUAG